AUGGAGGUUAUUAAAACUCUAUUUCUUAUUGCUUUCUUCAGCUCCACUAAAUGUGAGCCUCUUCAAACAAGUUUACUACAUGCAGCCAGGCAGCAUAUUAACCGCCGGGAUCACCUGGAGGAAAACCUAAGAGAUGCUGCCAUCAUUAUGGUUGCUCAGUUUCUUCAGGAUGCAGCUUAUGCCAAGGUCCAAACCAUAGCUGAAGAGUUGCUGGAUCGUGCUGAAAUAUGUAAGAGUCUCAGACCACACGAGUCACCUGCAGAGUGCGCUCACCAGUUGAUGGGUACCUUCCUCACCCAUAUUUGCAACGACCAAGGGCUGGUGGGCAAGCAAGUGUUCAGUGACUGCUGUAAGAUGGAAAUUACAGCAAGACUCCAGUGCUUCCUGUCCUCUAAGAAAGAUGACGCAGACCGCAUCUAUGUACCCCUGAUUCCAAGGCCUGAGCUGACCUGUGAGAAAGAUGAGGGGACUCACGUGUCACUGAAGACAAGGUCCAGCUAUGAAAUUUCUCGAAGGUAUCCAUUCUUAUACGGACCCACUAUCUUGACCAUGUCUGCUUGCUAUGAAACAGCUGUUUGGUUAUGUUGUCAAGAAGAAAAUAAAACCGAGUGCCUGCAGACAAAGUGUGAAAUCAGGAUUCAAUUCGAUGACAAAAUAGCAAGAGCGGUAGAAUUGAUUCUGCUCACUAAAAAGCAACCUAAAGCUAACUUUUCUGAAAUUGCCAAAUUGACCACAGAUAUUAAAAAUCUGCAUGAGAUCUGUUGUGAAGGAAAUACAGUGGCAUGUGCACUGGGCACGCACCAGCUUAUGAACUACACCUGCUCUAACCAGGCCAUCUUGUCCAGCAAGUUUGCUCUUUGUUGUGAACAGCCAGAACCAUUCCGUGGGGAAUGCAUUAUCAACCCAAAAAACGAUGACAAGCCCAACUUGACAUCCCUGGCACUCAGAAAGUUUACUGAAGACCAGUCUGCAUGCAAACAAUUCAGUGACAGGCAGGACGACUUUCUGCAAGAGUUUCUUUAUGAAUAUUCAAGAAGACACCUGAAGUUGGUAGUUCCAGUGAUUUUAAGAAUACUUGCAACAUAUAAACAGUUGCUGGAGGAAUGCUGCAAGUUAGGAAGCCCUUUGGAAUGCCACCACCGUGGGAAAGAGAUGUUCCAAAGAGUGGUCCGUGAAAGCCGUGACCGUGUGAAAACUUACUGUGACUUACACAGGACGUUAGGAGGCAGUAACUUCCAGGACAGGCUUACCAUCCUUUAUACUAAGAAAGCCCCACAGCUGUCUGUGCAGGAGUUGGUGGCGUUCACAAGAAAGAUGGCAGCGGCUGCCAGUAGAUGCUGCCCACUAAGCGACGAGCUGCAGUCUGCCUGUGUGGAGGAUGCGGCCAAGCUGAUCCUUGGAGCUCUGUGCCGACGACAUGACGCCAAGCCUAUCAACGCUGGAGUGGGCCGCUGCUGCGACGACUCCUAUGCCUUCAGAAAGCCCUGCUUUGAUGACCUGCGAGUUGACGGAACUUAUAUUCCUCCACCUUUGUCUUGUGACCAAGUCAUCAGCCUUACAGAGGACUUGUGCCGAGCACAGGAGGACGAGCUCCAAACUGAAAAGCAAAAGCUCCUCAGUAACCUCGUGAAGCAGAAGCCACAAAUGGCAGAAGAUGCAUUCCAGGCCAUUGGCGCGGAGUUCACACAGUUGGUGGAGAUGUGCUGCCACGCAGAAAAGCGGGAAACGUGCUUUCAGGAAGAGGGACCCCAACUGAUCAGGAAGUGCCAGUCUCUCUUAGAGGCCGACUCAUCCCAGAGAGUGCCGAUGUAG